GAAAAAGACAUAUCGGGUAUUCUUCUCAAAGUCAAAAUGAUUUUGAAACGAUGUACGACUGUAGAGAUGCGAUGUCUGACGCGCAACUACAAGAACUAUUGGCCCAACGGGAUGGACGUUUCCCCACAUUGAGGAAGAGCUCGAGAAUGACGACGUGAAGGAGGAUGAUCCUGCAACGGCCGACGACGAACAAGACGGCUCUCAAACCCCAGACGAUGACACCCCCGACGAGGACGAGCCUGGUUCAUCCCAACCUGAUAAGAAAAAUGAAUCUCUCCUUAUGAAAAAUAAUUUCAAAAAGUGGAAGGAAACAAAUAGAAACAAGUGGUGGGCAACUUGCAAUCAUUGUAACAAAAACAUAAGCUUGGGGAUUUCGCAAGGAUACAACGGCGCUCAUAGGCAUGCCAAGGCCCAUCACUCUAUGGAGUAUACAAAACUAAAAGGCAAGGGAACGCGAACACAAAUCUCGAGAUGAAAUGAGGCAGACACUCUAUAGAUAUGGGUAACCUCCAACGCAACUGAAAGAAGGAAAUUGAGAAGAAUCAUCCUAGUUCGCGCAAAGGUAAAGGACAUAUCGAGUCUUCUUCUCAAAGUCGAAAUGAUUUUGAAGCGAUGUACGAUCGGAGAGACGCGAUGUCCGAUGCGCAACUACAAGAACUAUUGGCCCAACGGGAUGGACGCUUUUACCAACAACAAGACAUCCCCGACAUUGAGGAAGAGCUUGAGAAUGAGGACGCGAAGGAGGAUGAUUCUGCGAUGGCCGAGGACGAACAAGACACCUCUCAAAUCCCGGACGAUGACACCCCCGACGAGGACGAGCAUGGUUCAUCCCAACCCGAUAAGAAAAAUGAAUCUCUCCUUAUGAAAAAUAAUUUCAAAAAGUGGAAGGAAACAAAUAGUGACAAGUGGUAGACAACUUGCAAUCAUUGUAACAAAAACAUAAGCUUGAGGAUUUCGCAAGGAUACAACGGCGCUCAUAGGCAUGCCAAGGCCCAUCACCCCGUGGAGUAUGCGAAACUAAAAGGCAAAGGGACGCAAACACAAAUCUCGAGAUGAAACGAGGUAGACAUUCUGUAGAUAUGGGUAACCUCCAACGCAACCGAAAGAAUAAUCAUCCUAGUUCGCGCAAAUGUAAAGGACAUAUCGAGUCUUCUUCUCAAAGUCGAAAUGAUUUUGAAAAGAUGUACGAUCGGAGAGAUGCGAUGUCCGACGCGCAACUACAAGAAUUAUUGGCCCAACGGGAUGGACACUUUUACCAACAACAAGAAAUCUCCGACAUUGAAGAAGAGCUCGAGGAUGAGGAUGCGGAGAAGGAGGAUCCGGUGACGGCCGAGGACGAACAAGACGGCUCUCAAACCCCGGACGAUGACACCCCUGACAAGGACGAGCCUGGUUCAUCCCAACCCGGUAAGAAAAAUGAAUUUUUCCUUAUGAAAAAUAAUUUCAAAAAGUGGAAGAAGACAAAUAGCGACAAGUGGUUGGCAACUUGCAAUCAUUGUAACAAAAACAUAAGCUUGGAGAUUUCGCAAGGAUACGGCGGCGCUCAUAGGCAUGUCAAGGCCCAUCACCCUGUAGAGUAUGCGAAACUAAAAGGAAAGGGGACCCAAACACAAAUCUCGAGGUUUGCAAAUGGCCAACCCUAUAGUAACUUUUCUUAUAGUCAACAGGAAACGUUAGAUACAAAGAAAGCUCGUUAAUCGAGCUUUGUG